AUGGACGAAUCCAAGCUAUCGAAAGUUAUAAAGAAAAGAAAGUAUAGUAGAAAUGGAUGUUUAGAAUGUAAGAAGAGGAAGAUAAAGUGUGAUGAAAAUAAACCUGAAUGUUAUAAUUGUGUGAAAUCAAGGAAGACUUGUCAUUAUCCUAUGAGUAAUAAGGAUUCUGGUGAUAGUAAAUUAUCAUCAUUAAUGAAUCCAACACCUAGUACUAAUAAUGAUGGGAAUACUCAUCCACCAGUUGAUUAUAUACAACCCUUAACUCCAUCAGCUCAUCAUGUUCCUCAAACAACCAUCCCAUCGUUUGGUUCCCUUUCAGGUUCGAUAUCAGGUUCAUUGCCUGGAUCAAUGUCUGGACCUGUUGGAGGAAUCACAUCUAUCUCCAAUUUAUUUCCUGCCCAUACACCAGAGUCAAAUAAUAUGAUUUUACCUUUACCUCAACCAACUAAUGGUGUACAUACACCUAAUUAUCCUACUGAAAAUUAUAAUAACCACCUUAGUGUUGGUAGUGGUAGUAUUAAUGGUAAUAAUUCAAUACCUGCAGUUUCUCCUUCAGAUAAAUCCAUCGGUGAUGAAUUAUUCUCAGGUGCUUCGAAUUUAGCUUCAAAUUUGAAUGAUUUAUUAUCAGGUAAGUUCACAUCCAUAUCAGAUGAUCUACUAAAUUCAUUCCAAGAUCAUUUCGAUCAUAUAAUUGAACCUCAACUCCAACCAACCCCACCUCCAUCGACGAAAAUAAAUGAUGAAGUAUUUGAUGAUGGUCCAUUGAUUUCUUUCAUCAACUCCUUUGAUAAUUUGGAAAAUAACCAGAAGAACUACCUUAAAUUAUUCUAUGAAAAAUAUUCAUUGUGGCUCAUGCCAUUGUCUCCUGUAAGUGGACCUAAAAACUUCUUUAAUAAGAUUAUUAUCCAACAAGCACAGAAAGUUCCAUUCUUAUUGAAUGCUAUAUUUUCCAUUUCAGCAUCUUUCGAAUAUGAAGAAAGUAAAUUAUCCUCUGAUGAUUAUUAUAAGAGAACUUAUAUAGGUUUAAGUUUAAAGGGUCUUAAUCAAGUAUUCAGUCAGAAAUCUAAAGUUUCAGAAUAUAUUGAACCUUUGAUAUUAACAAGUUUGUUAUUUGUCACUGAUGCAGCUUCAACUAUCAAUGGUUCUUGGAGAGCUCAUUUGAAGGGAGCUAAUGACUUAUUCCGUCAAUAUCUUGCAUUAUACAAAAAGAACAGUCCUAGUAUUUUAUUAUCAACAACAUGGUUUGCAUCUUUUGAAAUCAUUGCCGUAAUAACCAACCCUGUGGGUGGUUCUAUCAAUAAUGAACUCCAUUUGGAUGAUAUCCUAUCACCAAUUUUAUAUAAAGAUGAUUGGAAUUUAGCUAUACAGUUGGGGUUUGUGCUACCCAAUGGAUUUAAUGUGUUUUUGGGUCAAUCUUCUUAUAAUGUGUCAUUAUUUAUUCAUUUCCUUAAAUUAUCCAUAAAAAUCAGAAACAGUGAUCGAAAAUCCAUUGAUAGCGAUGAUUUUGUUAUGUUAAUGCAGUUAUUUGAUCAAGCCCUAAGAUUUUCUUUAGCUUCACCUAAUGGUUUAAUUGAACCAACCAGUCCGUAUUAUCCAAAAACUGGAGGUAUGAAUUAUUUACCUCAUGAAACUUUCGGUUAUAAGAAUAAUCUAGUGUUCAGUUGGUUCGAUUUGAGUGACAAAAUUCAUAUCAGAGGUUUAUAUUUAACGGUGUUAACCAAUCCCAUGUAUUUGAAUUUACCUAGUGAAAGUAAACUAGUACAAGAUGUGGUGAGUAAAAUCUUGGAGAUGUGCUAUUUCUUUGAUGGUAUUGACUUUAAUGUUCCAAGAAAUGAGUUCAAUUUUGAUAGAGUUAUAAAAGAAAAUGCCAUAUUAAACGAUAGAAGACUAUUGAUGUUACAUUCAUCAAUACUAAUCUGUGGCUCGUGUUGUAUUAAUAAUGUUGACAGAAUGAAGAUUGAAUUGUAUUUUAGAAGUUUAAUCAGUCUUGGUGCUCGAACUGUUGAAAACUCCUUCAAUAGACUCUGCCUGCAUUGGUCUGGCGAUCUGAGUAAAUUAGAUUUUGUCCCUUAUUUGUAA